AUGUUUUCUUUACCAACCCUAACCUCAGACAUCACUGUUGAAGUCAACAGUUCUGCUACCAAGACCCCUUUCGUCCGCCGUCCGGUCGAACCAGUUGGUAAGUUCUUUUUGCAACAUGCUCAAAGAACUUUGAGAAACCACACCUGGUCUGAAUUCGAAAGAAUUGAAGCUGAAAAGAACGUCACAACUGUUGAUGAAUCAAAUGUUGACCCAGAUGAAUUGUUAUUCGACACUGAAUUGGCCGAUGAAGAUCUAUUAACUCACGAUGCUAGAGACUGGAAAACCGCCGAUUUGUACGCUGCUAUGGGUUUGUCUAAGCUACGUUUCAGAGCUACUGAAAGUCAAAUCAUCAAGGCUCACAGAAAACAAGUCGUCAAGUACCAUCCAGACAAGCAAUCUGCUGCUGGUGGUAGUUUGGAUCAAGAUGGCUUCUUCAAGAUUAUUCAAAAGGCUUUUGAAACUUUAACUGAUUCCAACAAGAGGGCUCAAUACGACUCAUGUGACUUCGUUGCUGAUGUCCUUCCACCAAAGAAGGGUACUGAUUAUGACUUCUACGAAGCUUGGGGUCCUGUUUUCGAAGCUGAAGCUCGUUUCUCCAAGAAAACUCCUGCUCCACCUCUAGGUAACAAGGAUUCUUCCAAGAAGGAAGUCGAACAAUUCUAUGCUUUCUGGCACAGAUUUGAUUCUUGGAGAACUUUUGAAUUCUUGGACGAAGAUGUCCCAGACGACUCUUCCAACAGAGACCACAAGCGUUACAUUGAGAGAAAGAACAAGGCCGCAAGAGACAAGAAAAAAACCGCUGACAAUGCUAGAUUGGUCAAACUUGUCGAAAGAGCUGUCAGCGAAGAUCCUCGUAUCAAAUUGUUCAAAGAAGAAGAGAAGAAGGAAAAGGAAAGAAAAAAAUGGGAAAGAGAAGCCGGUGCCAGAGCUGAAGCUGAAGCUAAGGCCAAGGCCGAGGCUGAAGCCAAGGCUAAGGCUGAAUCUGAAGCCAAGGCCAACGCCUCUGCUAAAGCUGACAAAAAGAAGGCUAAGGAAGCUGCCAAGGCUGCUAAGAAGAAGAACAAGAGAACUAUUCGUAACUCCGCCAAGGAAGUCGACUACUUUGGUGAUGCUGACAAGGCCACCACCAUUGACGAGCAAAUUGGUUUGAUCGUUGACAGUUUGAAUGAUGAAGAGUUAGUGUCCACUGCUGAUAAGAUCAAGGCCAAUGCUGCUGGUGCCAAGGAAGCUUUGAAAGAAUCUGCAAAUGCUGUUGUCGAUUCUGGCAAACUGCCAUCCAGUUUGUUGUCUUACUUCGUCUGA